AUGAACGGCCAGUUCCCUGGUCCCCCUUUGCGGAUCAACCAGGGUGACAAUGUGCAGUUCCUCGUUAAUAACCGGUGCCCGUUCAAUGCAACUAUACACUUCCAUGGCAUUGAACAGCUAGGAACUCCUUGGUCUGAUGGAGUCCCAGGUGUCUCGCAGAGAUCCAUCAAGCCAAACACUUCUUUCCUGUAUAGAUGGACUGCAACCGAUUACGGGGCCUACUGGUAUCAUGCGCAUCACCGUGGCUCUCUCGAAGAUGGACUCUAUGGACCAGUCUAUAUUACCCCGGCCCCCUCGGUGGAAAAGCCGUUUGGUCUUAUCACAACCGAUCCCGCUCAUCUGAGGGCUAUGGUCCUCGCAGAGAGCGUAACCUGUCCCGUCUUGCUUUCGGAGUGGCGUGUCCUCACGUCGGAAGAGGUCUGGGCUGCCGAGAUAGCCUCUGGUACAGAUGGAUUUUGUGCCAAUGCUUUGCUCAUUAAUGGAAAAGGAUCUAUCACCUGCCUGCCACGUGCGGAAAUUGACGCUCUGACAACACCCGAUCAGAAAACCAGCCUGGGUGAUGAUCUAAGAUUAACAGAUAUGGCAUGCUUCCCUCCCAAUAUCACCGAAACAGUAUUCAAUUUCCCUCACAACUACGCUGCCAUCCCCCAAACCAUGUUCGAAGGCUGCGUACCAUCCCAAGGCCCUCAAGAAAUCUUCAAUGUCAACGCAGCCCUUAAAUACGCCAGUUGGGAUCUCACCAGUACAGCGGGCCUUCUAGAACUCACCUUCUCAAUUGACGAGCACGAUAUGUGGGUAUACGCCAUAGACGGACGAUACAUUCAGCCCCGAAAGGUUAACGCAGUCACCAUCCCGAACUCAAACCGCUACUCGGUUCUAAUCCCCCUCACUCAGCCGGCGGGAGACUACGCCGUGCGUAUGGUCAGCGCCAGCAUAAACCAGAUCCUCAACACGACCGCAAUAAUGCGAUAUUACGGCGCGCCCAGGCUAACACGCCCAUCCAACCCGUGGAUAGCAAUCAACAACCAACCGGCCUCGCCAGACACUGUAUUCCUAGAUGAGAAUCAGGUCGUCCCAUUCCCGGCGCUCGUUCCUUCAAAUAAUAUAGCACAAACCUUCUUUCUGAAUAUCGACCAAGUCGGCACCGCCUUCCGCUGGAGACUCGGUAAUACCAGCUACGGUCUCGAGCUAGAGGAAGCACAGCCCUUGCUCUUCAACCAGAACUCCAUUCCUCAAGACUUGAUCAUCAGGACGAAAAAUAAUACCUGGAUCGACUUGGUUCUCCAAUCAGAUACCCUUCUGCAACCCCGGCAUCCGAUCCACAAACACUCGAAUAAACAUUUCAUUAUUGGUCAAGGGAAUGGUACUUUCAGUUGGGAUUCAGUGGCAGAUGCUGUACAGGAUAUUCCUGGCAACUUUAAUCUCCAGACGCCGCAGUAUCGUGAUACCUUCCCUACACUGCCAACUAUCACGAGUCCAUCUUGGACAGUUAUUAGAUAUCAUGUUGUUAAUCCUGGUGCAUUUCUGAUGCAUUGUCAUAUUCAGGUUCAUCAAAGUGGGGGGAUGGUGUUAGCGAUGUUGGAUGGGGUGGAUGUUUGGCCUACUAUCCCACCGGCUUAUCUGAUUGAUUCUGGGGUUUAG